AUGACUGCCUUUAUAAACAGGGGCGUUGGCGAUUAUACGAUAGAGCAUACCCUUCCACUCCCACAUUUUACUAAAAUUUCCAAACGUCUGUCGGAUGUGUCCCGUGUGAAAGGUUUACGCCAUCUUGUUAGAGGACGUUUAGAUGAGGGGGUCAAAACGAGAUUCAACUCAGCUUCCCCGAGGAGUCACCUUAUUAAUAUACUGUCACAAAUAUCUAAACAACAUCAACAACAGUGGUAUAACCAACAAAAAUAUAAACGAGAAACAACAAAGAAGCACUAUAAAAUUGAGUUGGAAAUGCUUAUUGCGGAUGAUAUUUAUGAUUUUUGGCUCUCAAAAAUGGCAAACAAUAGAGACGCAGCAUUAGAAAAGAUUGAAGAAUAUUUUGAACAAAUUGCUAACAUGAUGGAUUUAAGAUUCGCUAGCGCAUCAACGCCGACCAUGAGUGUAGACGUUGUCCCUAUUAUCAUAACAGUUAUACAAGAUAAAUCGAAAGCAAGUUGGAUAACAGAUAAUAUAGUGUACGUGGCCGAUAAUGGUGAUGAGGCUUAUAACGCUGACAAGGCUCUGGCUGACUUGUAUACUUGGGCAAAGGUAAACAGGGACCUUCAUGCAGACGCACUCGUGUGCUUCUCAAGACGAGAUAUGUGGAGCUAUGGACUAAGAUCAUGGAAUCAGACAGUUGGUAUAGCAAGAUUUCCUUUAAAUAAGGAAAAGCAACCAGUUUCCGGAUUAUGUUCAAGCAAUGCAGUUUCCUUGAAUGAAGUGUUCCGUUCUGGUGAUGCAUCGGCCUCGACAACACACGAAUUGGCUCAUAACAUGGGAGUUAAUCACGAUCAGUCCUACAAAGAUACAAGUUGCCCGGAUGACAAAAUGUACAUUAUGGCUGGAACACUUGGAUUUGUUAGCAAGGUGGAAGAUGCUGACCACCCAUGGCAGUUUUCAAAUUGUUCCAUUUCCGUGAUGGAACGCUUAAUGUCAACCAUUCACACACAAGACGGGAAAACUUGUCUGGAACGUCAUUCUUAUGACAUCAACGAGUAUAAUACAAUUCUGACGUCACCCCAUCUUGGGGAAAUAUAUUCUCUGGAUGAACAGUGUGAGUUUUUGAACGGAAAAGGAUCACGGUCAUGCCAGAGUAAGAAAAUUACUGCUGAGCAACUCUGCUGGAAAGGACUUCUUUGCUAUUCCAAAGAUGGGAGAUAUUGCGAGUACAAGAAUCCAUUACCGGGCUCAAACUGUGGGGGAACUAAAAAGUGCUAUCAGGGGAAAUGUGUUGAUAGUAUACCAGAAGCUGUGACAGACUUUCCAUCAUUCUCAUCAGUGUCACAAUCAAAAGCACCAACUACUUCGUCUUCGUCAUUAUCCAAGGAAUCUACGUCUAGUAAACCGCCAACACAUAUAACAUCGUCCCAAACCACUACGUUAUCGCCAAGUUUGUCAUCUAUUAAACAACCAGUUUUGUCUUCAUCAUCAUCUGCUCCAAUUACUUCAUCCUCACUUGUUUCAACACCAUCUUUGACCUCGUCGACAACUGUUUCACCACAAUCUUUAACCUCUUCGACAAUAGUUCCAACACCCUCGUCAUUUUUACCGACAACUAUUUCAACACCAUCUUCUGUUUUGUUGACAACAGUUUCAACAUCAUCUUCAGUCUCGCCAACAAGUGCUAUAUCUCCAUCUUUAGCCUCGUCGACACCCUCCUCUAAGACAGAAAUUGUUUCAGCAACAACGCCUAGGGUUGUUACUACAAGUUUUAUAUCAACGACCGCUACUGACUAUACUAAGGGGGAGUAUGAAUGGUUGUAUUAUUUUUAUUCCAACUGUCAGAGUUCUUGUUACUGUUGGCGUUCAUUUUGCUGGGUAUAUAAACAAAGAAGUCUUUGUAGUCGUUUUGCCAGUGGUUGCUAUGUAUAGAUUUCUAUGUAUCUAUGUAACUGUUAUCCAAAAGUUUCUAAAUUCGGAUCAUGGAUACAAUAUUUUAUCUAAACUUUAUUUACAACUCU